UAGACCCAGAGCUGGCCAGGAAGGAAGGAGCUUCAGCUCAGUGUACCACUCCAUCUGUCCCUCUCCUCAGAAUCUGGGCACUUUGUUCUGUACCCCACAGACAUACACACACUGGCUCCUGUGUCUCUGUCCUCCACCCUGACCUCCCCUCAGGUCCAUGUCUCAGCCAUGACGCCUCUCAAAGCGCCUCACCCCUGCCUGGGCUCCUUACUCCUGCUGUUACCAUGGCUUUGCCCAGCAUCUGGCUUCUUCCCCAACAUCUGGAGCCUGGUGGCUGCCCCCAGUUCCAUCACCCACCAGGACCUGACAGAGGAAGCUGCUCUCAAUGUUACCUUACAGCUCUUCCUGGAACGGCCACCCCCUGGCAGGAAUCCCCUCCGCCUGGAGGACUUCCAGGGCCGGACAUUGCUGGCUGAUGACCUCUUUGCUGCCUACUUUGGGUUUGGGACCCCAACCCGCCGAUUCCGGGCAGCCCUUGGUGAGGUGGCUCGUGCCAAUGCAGCCCAAGACUUCCUCUCAGUGACCAGGAAUGACCCUGAGCUGCACUUUGAUGCAGAACAGCUGAUUGGGAGCCAGGCCCGCCUUGUGGGGAGCCUUCGGGAAGCCCUCAGUGCUGCCCGUGCCCUGGAAUACACUCUGGCCCGCCAACUCCUAGGAGCCAUGCUACAUGCCUUACAGGAUUUCUACAGUCAUAGCAACUGGGUAGAGCUGGGAAAGCAGCAGCCCCACCCUGACCUCCUGUGGCCAGGACGGAAGCUCAAGAACUUGGCACAGGCUGGGGACCCGAUGUGCUCUGACUGUGAAGAGCUCAGCUGCCCUGGAAAUUUGCUGGGUUCCAUAUUCCUCACCUCUGGCUAUUUUGGGGCAGAACCCCCCAAACCUCCAGGGAAAUGUAGCCAUGGGGGCCAUUUUGACCAGAGCAGCCGAGAUAUCCCCCGAGGGGGCAUCAAUAAGGACAGCACCUCUCCAGCUUUCUCACCACACCAUGAUUUGCACCCUCAAGCUGCCCAGCUUGCUCUCCAGGCCUCAAUCCAGGCCCUGAACCUCCUUCGGGGCCGAUUAGGGGAUACCGGAUUUUCCAGGCUCCUGCAGAUCUCCCCAGCCUCAGGCCUGAGCUUUGUCCUGGACACUACAGGCAGUAUGGGGGAAGAAAUUAAUGCAGCCAAAAUACAGGCUCGGAGAAUCAUUGACCAACGCCGUGGUGGCCCCAUGGAGCCUACCCACUACAUUCUUGUGCCUUUCCAUGAUCCUGGAUUUGGACCUGUCCUUAAGACCAGUGACCCUGAUGCUUUCUGGAAACAUCUUAAUGAGAUCCAUGCCCUAGGGGGUGGAGAUGAGCCUGAGAUGUGUCUGUCAGCCCUGGAGCUGGCCCUGCUCCACACACCCCAGUUCUCAGACAUCUUUGUCUUCACUGAUGCCUCCCCCAAGGAUGCCCAUCUCACCAAUCGUGUAGAGGCCCUGAGCCAGAAGCAGCACUGCAAGGUGACAUUCUUGGUGACGGAGGACCCAUCAAGGCGGGUUCGAAGAGAGGUCCUUUCCCCAAAGCGGUUUGAACCAUACCAGUCAAUAGCCAUGGCUUCAGGAGGAGAAGUCAUCUUUACCAAGGACCAGUAUAUUCAGAAUGUGGCAAGUGUGGUGGGGGAGAGCGUGGUGGAUAUGGUGACCCUAGCCCUGGUGCCUCCUGUCCUGAAUCCUAAGGGGUCUCUCAUGUUCCACGUGGACAAGAUGCUUCAUGGGGUCAUCAUCCAUCUCCAUGGAGAGAUAAGCACUUUUAGGAUCUCAGACCCCACAGGUAUUUCUCAGGAUAUUGAUCAGGAUUGGGGGCCUCUGGGUCAUAUUCAGUGCUUUGGUCAGUUCUGGACAGUGAACCUAAAUGACCCCCCUCAGGUUGGGGCCUGGGUGAUAGAGAUCACAGCACAGGGGACACCUGGAGUAAAAGUGAAAGGUCUUCAUACUUUGCUUCUGGUUGAAGUGAUGGGACUGGUUUCUGGCAUCCCCAACAUGAAUCACUCUCACAUUAUCCUUCGGGGAAGCCCAGGGGGUCAAGAGUUGGACAGUGUGGCCCUGAAGCCAACAGGGGCCCCUGAACAGGGACUUUUCACUGCCCUCCUGGACCCCAACGUCCUUCACACCCAAAGACCUUUCUUCCUGGAGUUGAUUGGCCAGGAUGAUAAGGGAUCCAGUCUUCAGAGAGUAGCCUCUCAGCCUUGCACUGUGGUUCCCGUCCUUCUUGAGCUCAGUGGUCCUUCUGGCCCUCUUAGCCCUGGCCACCAGGCUGUGCUCAGUCUCCAAAUCUCUAGCUUCUCAGGACCCUGGGACCUCAUCAUUACAGCUUCUGUCAACCCCAGCUUCCCCCUCACCUCCAACCUCUCUAGGGUUCACCUGGGGCAGAAUGAGUCAGCCUGGGGGCAAUUCUGGCUACAGGUUCCUGGCUCAGCCACACUGGACUCAUUAGUGACAUUGACAGUGACAGCAGAGGCCGAGUCCAACAACUCUUCCCCCCCUGCACAUGCUGUCCUCCAGCUCUUGGUGCAGGCCUUCCCCCCACAGGAGCCACUGGAUGACCCUGGCCCCUCUUCAAGGCCAAGUCACAACAUGGCUAGGCCGGACUUACACACCUCCACUCUGGGGCCCCAGAGGAGUGGGGCUGGGGGUACCAUGGGAGCUGGCCCUUGGUGGGGGCCGGUGAGGGGGUUGUUGCUGGUGCUUGGCAUAGCAGCCUGCUGAUGCCUUCCUGCCCACAUCCCCAAAUAUGGUUCUUGGGUAGGAAAGGGAGGCUCUGCCUCUGACCCUGCCCAGAUCCUCCCAGGAGGCCCUGACCCUUCCUCUCCUCUACCAAUCCAGAGACUGGGGUUUCUCCUUCAAAUCGUGGCAGUCAUUUUGUUUCCUUUCAGGUGAAAGAGUUGGGGUGAGGGGAGGUCAAAGGAGAGAAAGAUUUUUCUCAUAAUGCACUAUUUUGCCCUCUCCCCUACAACGUUUUUUUGGGAAUCAAAUCAAAGACUGAUUUUUGGAGAAAAUUACUUUAGUUUUGUUACCUUAGCGUGCCCUUCCCUGCCUCCCAUCCCCUUUUCUCUAGUCCAGGGACUGUUGGUUAUGGAAAUUUUAAUUUGAGGCCUGUGAAUUGGUUUCUGUUUUAUUUUUGUAGGGAAAGAUGACAGGAUAUUGAUAUUAAUAUUUUAAAUAAAUUCUCAAUAAAUGGUGUUG